GAUCCAUUUAAAACUCUGAAACUAGCUAGCAAACAUAUUGCAGAGUUCUGGGUCUGUUUAUCUUCCACUCCAAGCAUGAGUCAGGAACAGCAACAUCGACCCCAGCAGGGUGACCAGCUGGAACCGAUCAAGUAUGGAGAUGUGUUCAAUGUCUCCGGUGAGUUGGCGUCCAAGCCUAUCGCGCCACGCGUCGCUGCCACCAUGCAGGCUGCUGAAAACGUUGUCCUGGGAGAAACUCAGAAAGGCGGCCCGGCCGCAGUCAUGCAGUCGGCGGCUACGUACAACGAGCGAGCCGGUCUAGUUGGCCAGCGUGACGCCACUGUUGCCGAUAGAGAGGAAGGUGUUACCGUCUCGGAAUUGAUCGAUCUCGAUGGUAACAAAGUUAUUACAGAAAGCGUUGCCGGGCAGGUUGUGGGACAAUAUGUGGAGCUACCAGAACCUGGAGCAUCUCCGGCAGCAGUAGUUCUUGAGGACGAUGCAAUCACAAUUGGUGAGGCACUCGAGGCAACUGCUCUCUCUGCAGGUGAUAAACAGAUCGACCAAAGCGACGCAGCUGCCAUUCAGGCCGCAGAGAUGAGAGCCACCGGAAGUAGCGAAAUAUCUCCCGGAGGUUUGGCGGCCGUAGCUCAGUAUGCAGUGUCUGCUAACGCAAGGGAGGCUGAGACUAAGCUGGCUGAUGUUUUAGAGGAUGCCACUCAGAAGAUGGGUGCAGACAAAGCGGUGACUCGUGAGGAUGCGAAGGCGAUUAUAGGAGCAGAGGUAAGGAAUAUGAGCACUACUCCGGGUGGCAUAGCUGAAUCAAUGGCUGCUGCAGCUAGGCUUAACCAGAACAUAUAUUGAUAAAGUAGUUGAUAAUUAAGCAUCGACACCUAGAUAUAUGCAUGUUUUAUGUAUGUUUAUAUAUAGUAUGUAACGCGUAGGUUGUAAUUUGUAUGUUGUAUUUCUACGUUCGAACGAUCAAGUAAUCCGAAUAAACUUACC